CGCUGAACAGUGUUGGUUUGACUAGUGAGAAUGGUUGUCUCGAUCCUCUACUUCUGAGGAAUUCUUCUUGUCUUCACGACAACUUUUGAAAGUGACGAAAUCUACGUUCUUUUCCGAAAAUCUUCGUUUUCAGAAUUCGUCUGCGCUACCACUACUGGCUUUCUACAGCAGCUAGUAUCAGUCAUGAACUCAUUUGUUGUGAGCAAAGCAGCGGCUGGGCAGAGUGAGCCAGGUAUGCACAACGAGAAGGGCGGCAUACCUGUUAAUGUGCGAAGCGGUGAUCUAGAGCAACAUGGAGAUCAAGGCACGACGAAACACGAUACUACCGGCGGCCGUGAUGACGAUGAAGCAUUCCUCGUGAAAUUCAACGUAGACGAUGCAGAGAACCCCCUGAAUUGGUCUCAAAAGUUAAAAUGGGGAGUCACCAUAGCCGUGUCCGGUACAGGAUUUGUCCGCAUCAUGGUUUCGACAGUAAGGCUUUCAUUUCAUGCUCGAGCUUAUACUACCCACCUGCAAGGCACGAGGCUAACAAUUGCUUAUACAGAUGCUGGCACCUGCAAUCGACACUAUUGCAAAUGAGCUAAGCAUGUCAACUACCGAGUCAUUCAUGUCACUCUCUGUCUAUCUUCUGGCGACCGCAUUCGGACCACUUGUUAUUGGCCCUCUAUCAGAAAUCCAUGGCCGAAGCCAUAUAUUCCACAUGACGAAUGUGUGGUUCCUAGUCUGGAACCUCGUUUGCGGCUUUGCGAACUCGAAGGGUCUGCUUAUUGCUGCUCGCUUGCUAGCUGGCUUUGGUGCUAGUGCCGUGUACAGUCUAGCAUACGGUGUCCUCGGCGAUGUGUGGUCAGCCGAACAAAGAGGACGUUCCUUGAGCUUAUAA